AUGCUAUUUCCAACACCACCAAUUUAUGUUGCCUCCAUCGCUCCCACUCUAAAUCUUGGUGACAUCAAUUCACCUUCUCCAUACUCCCUAGCCUCUACCACUGAACCAGACACUGCCUUCCCUACCCUAGAAGAAGCAAUAAAAGUUUGUGCAGAGUCUUCAGUAGAGAAGAUCAAAGAUGCUGGUAUAAGGCUCCAAGAUCGCCUGGACAGAGAGGCUGAGGAACAGGCUAGGAAGGAAGCAAAAGAGAAAGCUCGCCUGGAAGAAGAACAGAGGAUCAGAGAAGCUGAAGAAAAGGCUGUUGCUGCUGCUGCUGAGGCUGAGGCAAAAGCUCUAGCCGAAGCUGAAGAAGCAAUACGUGUUGCUGCAGAGGAAGCUGCCAAGGCCAGAUCUAAUGCUUUGACUCAGGGGGAGAAAUCCAACUCUGGGUUUUCCCCUCUGGUCUUAAAGACUCCGGAGGAACUGCAAAAGGAACAACAAGUGGUUCGAGUUAGGCUGGAUCAACAGGAUUCCGUCAACAUCAACAUUUAG